AUGUGCCACUACGGCAGCUACUACGGAGGUCUGCGCUAUGGCCUUGGAGGCUUCGGUGGCCUGGGCUAUGGCUAUGGCUGUGGAUGUGGCAGCUUCCGCAGACUGGGCUAUGGCUGUGGCUAUGGAGGCUAUGGAUAUGGCUCUGGCUUUGGAGGCUACGGAUAUGGAUACUUCCGCCCUUCAUUCUACAGAGGAUAUGGGUUCUCUCGCUUCUACUAG